GCAGUUGUGACCCCUCUCUUUCCUUUUCCGGUAAGCCGCACUUAUGGCUGGGUGAGGUUUGUGAACCUUCAUCAAUAAUCACGUAUCAUCAAGAUAUUAAAAAGAAAUAUUAAAGAAUGGCGCAAGAGCAGAUGACAUUGAGGGGUACCCUCCAAGGCCACAGUGGAUGGGUCACUCAAAUUGCGACAAAUCCUCAGUACCCAGAUAUUAUACUAUCUGCAUCCCGAGACAAGACUUUGAUUUUGUGGAAGCUUACUCGAGACGAGACCAACUAUGGUGUACCAUACAAGUCUCUUCAUGGACAUGGACAUUUCGUCAGCGAUGUUGUUCUCUCCUCUGAUGGCCAGUUUGCUCUUUCAUCAUCAUGGGACAAGACUCUUCGUUUGUGGGACCUUAUGGAGUGUAAGACAACUAGACGCUUUGUUGGCCAUGAAAAAGAUGUCAUGAGUGUAGCAUUCUCAGCUGACAACCGCCAAAUCGUUUCUGCUUCCCGGGACAAGACGGUCAAGCUGUGGAACACUCUUGGUGUCUGCAAGUACACCAUUCAGGAGGACACUCACAAAGAUUGGGUUUCAUGUGUGCGUUUUUCACCAAACGCUCAAAACCCCAUUAUCGUAUCAUGUGGCUGGGAUCGCAUUGUAAAGGUUUGGAACCUUACCAACUGCAAACUAAAGACCAACCACUAUGGCCACACACAGCCUCUUGACACAGUCACUGUGUCCCCUGAUGGCUCUCUUUGUGCAUCUGGUGGAAUGGAUGGUCAAGCCAUGCUGUGGGAUUUGAAUGAAGGCAAACAUCUGUACACGCUGGAUGGUGGUGAUGCCAUUCGUGCCAUGUGCUUCUCCCCCAAUCGCUACUGGCUGUGUGCCGCCACAGGUCCAUCCAUCAAAAUCUGGGACCUUGAAGGCAAAAUCAUUGUAGAUGAACUGAAACCCGACGUGAUGGCUGCAGGUCAUGGACGUGAACCUCCACUUUGCUUGUCUCUUGCCUGGUCUGCUGAUGGUCAAACACUGUUUGCUGGGUACAGCGACAAACUUAUCCGCGUCUGGCAAGUCUCCAUGGCUGCUCGUUAAGUGCAGCUUGCGUUUUCAGGAAAAUAAAGACUUUGCUUUGAAGUGUGGACAUGAGCUUCAGAAAAAUGUUCACCUGCUGUUAUUGCGCCACCUGAAUUAAAGCAAAUGGAGACACUG